UGGGACGCCCGCUUUAGAAAAACGCUCGUGACGCUGCCAAGAGGAUCAACCUUCCUUCAACAAAUUCUUAGCGCUGGUUACCUCAGGCUCUUGCGUCUCUUCCGCAGGUUCUUUGUCAAAAUUGCAGUACAUACCAACACGGUCUACACGUAAUCCCAGCAAUCGUAGGUCUUCCUCUUCUCAUGAAAUAUGACAUCAUACAUGAAAUUUCAGACCAGAGACUGUUCCCGUCCUCUGAGCGUGCGCUUUCUAUGCUUGAGGCUCUCUACCUCUCUCGUUCAACAAACCACUUGAAUGCGGCUGUUUCCAAAGCUUUCACUGGUGGCUCUCGCACACCUCCAGCAGCUAACGAAGGAGUCGCAAUUGCGCGGGCGGGGAUGAAUCACCUUGAUUCCACUAGGUUUGUUAAUGCUUGUUGUGGUGGCGAGUAACGUUGGCGCGGCCCUCGAUGGGCGACGAUGAGGG